CGACGCUAAUUUAUGGAAUUGAAAAUGAAAUCAUUUUCGGAGUAAAAACCGCACAAACAAAGUCAGCGCUUGAGAGCAGAAGAAAUGCGAGCGAGAGCAUGGAGUAGGGCAGAAAACAAAAGCUAAUGUUUUAUUAACUGUUUUAAUAACAAAUGUCGUUGUGGUAAGAGUAAAAACAAUAGACACUAAAUAGUUGUUGUUGUUUUCAAACAGAAGUUAACAACCAACAAACCAAGCAAGCAGCCAACCAACCAACCAACUCCGAAGCUUUUGUCAUUCAAUUUCAUAAACGCGUCCGAUGCAGACACGACCAACCGCAGGUAGUAGCGCAAACGUGAAAUAAAAAAUAUGAAAAAAAUAAUAAAUAAAUAAAAACAAAUAAAAAAUAAAAAACAAAAAACAAAAGAAAUAAGCACUUGAAGCAUGAACAAAUUAUAAUUGAUUUUUUAGAUACCUCGGCGCGGCACAAAAAACGUGAAUAGUGAUAAGAAACGUAAACUUCAGUAUCAGUUUAUUGCUGAUAUUUUCAAUAAAUGUGGUAUAGAAAUAAAAUCAAAUUGGAAAACACAAAUUUACUACGUUCGACAACGCAAAAUAUAUCGAAAAAAAUACUUAAACGAGUGUCAAAAAUGUUCUAAACGAAAAUUCAAAAAGCAAUUUGGAUAUUUUUUAGUAGCAGAAAUAUAAAAUAAAAAUAAAAAUUUGUUAAUUUUUUGCGAAAAAUUAUGGCUAAAUUGAACAGUGUAGCGGCAGUUGGCGCUGGCGGCACAGGUGACGGCCUCUUUGCCAUGCUGGCAUCGGUUGGUGUACUGCUUUGCAUGAUUUCCACGUUGAUAGGCAUCAAGAUUUGGUGGUUUAAGCAUCGGCUAACAUUCGAUCACAACACGACGAACAAUGGUGCGGCAGGCCGUGCCACGCCUACAGUACCAUUGCGAACGCGUAGCAGUCGGGACAAACGCAUGUCACAACAGAUCCGUGAACCCGUUGAGAUACAUGGCGUUUUCCGGCGGCGACAAGAAAAUGACUUGGAUAUUGUGCCAACAAAGCAAUUGCCGCCCGUUCGCAUUCGGAAGCUCUCUCAAAGCACACCCUCUCUUUUCCCGCUGCCACCUCCACGGCGACAAGAAAACGUACGCAGCGCCCUCUUCGAAAAAUUUCAACCGCCAACACGUGAACCACCACGCCCUCCACCCGAAUCAUCACCACCACUCACACCAGCCAUUAGUCUAGUCGAGGAAAUGCCUACAUUCGAUGAGCUCGAGCAAAAAUAUCGACAAAUGGAGUUGAACGAAGAAAAAGCAACCGAAUUAAAGGCGGAUUCACAUGAGAACAUACUACGUGUAAAAGAAUCACCACCACAACCACCACAGCGUUUAAAUCGAAAUUCUUAUAACGAAAGCAAAUUGGUGGGCAUGCACAAGUUCGUUAAAUCUAGACCACCGGCUACAGAAACAGAGAGCUUCCAACAAAAAAUUAAUGAACGUCGAGCGACGGGCUAUCUGCGACCUAACGAAGGAGAUAUAAAUGCUACAUUAGCAGGUUCAGAAUCGUCACUGCACGAAGUAAAUGUAAAGCGCCCGACAAGCAUGGAAGAGUUCGGUGAACGUCGUCCGACCGGUUAUAUCAAGUACGAGGAAAUCGAUGUGCAUGGUUUGGAAGAUUUUCGCAAAAAAUGGGAAGGGUUGCAAACAAGUUUGGGUGCACAAAGACCAAUAACAUAUGAAAACAGUGAGCGUAUGGAAUAUGAAAAGUCUCACGGCCACAUUUAUGACCAUAUAAAUCGAGCGAGUGAUCGCGAUUCAUAUAAAGUUGCACCUAUAACUGAGCUAACACCCUUAGCAGAUGAGAGUUGCAAACCGGGCAGGGAGGAGCGUCUAAAUUGGGGGAAAGAUGAAAGUGUGGGGGACAAACGCGGCACACCAGAAUCGCUAGGAAGCAUCGACUUUACCAGCGACGAAGAGUAUGCAGACGAGCUGGAUGGUGUUAAACGAAAAAAGAUAUUCAAAUCCACGUCAGUGACUAACUACAGUUUCAAUAGCUAUCAAGCAGUGGAAAAUGUGCGACCGCAGCCGCUAGAAGAACCGUCGGUUCAAACAGGCACAUUAAAGUUUGAAAACACUCAGCUAGACGAGGAAGGAGUGACAAACGAUGCCGCUAAAGAAAAUCCAAUUUUGCGACGACAGACAGGUCAUUUGCGCGCAGUACAGCCCGAGCAACUAUGGGAUGAGCUGGAGGCUAAUAUAAAACAGGACGAACAUGAAAGACAUCUGUGGCUUGAGAUUGAAAAGGAUCUCGAUUUGAAUCGAGAUCUCGUUAGCAACAUUGAGGAGGAAUUCGACAAGAUACGACACUCAUACGAAGAAAAUGAGGCAGCCUUCCUGGAGAAUAGCGGCGGUUUACGACGUGUGCCCAAGAAGGUGUUGAUAACGACACCCGAACCAGAUGGUUUUGGCAAAAGCAUCGAUGAAGAUUGGGAGAGCUUUGAGAAUUUGGCCGAAGAAAAACCUAAAAUAUUAGCGGCAGCUAGCAAAAACGUUGUACAAUUCAAUUUAUCCGACUUAGAGGAUGCGUACGAUAAGGAAUCGACACUGCGCAUAGAGCGUCGACCAACUAGUUUCGUACACAAUAGAGUUCAGUUUAAACGCGAGCUAUCCAAUAUCGAAGAUGCAGAUGAACCCACAUCGCCGCUCAACAAUGCAAGUUGCAUUGAAUUAGUGGAAAAGGAUCAGGAGUGCUACGCUACGCCGACCUACGAGAAAGAGCAUCGCCCAACAGGCUAUGCGCACCUAGAAAUAACCGACUUAGAUGACGAUUACGUGCGUGAGCAUAACAAAAAUAGUAUUUUCGAGCCUGUCGAGGAGCCGCUAACUGUGAAAAUUCAGCCACGUGCGCGUCCUAGACCGCGGCAAAAAGUCACAUUCGAUUUCAGCAAUACAGAAUACUUCCAAGCGUCCAACGGAGAGGAGGACACCGAGGAUGAUGAGGAGUCAGAUGAGCGGGAAGCAGCAGCAGAUUUUUUAAAAACUACAUGGCCGGAUAACGAUUUAGCUGAAGAAGAUGUUGCGUCUCAGACUAUACCUAAGCCAAUGCAACGUGUAACUAAAAUCCAUUAUGCAGCUGAGUUGUAUAACGACGAAAGCAGCGCUACAGAAGAGCAAAUACGCUUAGCACCCUCACCUACUCUCUCGCCUGCGCCAGUGACGCUACUCUUCGGCACACAAACUUCGUCCGACACAGCAGAGGUGGAUAUGAAUAAUAGUUGGGCGACGACACCACCAAAAUCAAUGUCGCCAACACUUCUGAAUAAGGAUGAACAUCCAAAACCGGCUUACCGCAAUACAGUCACAAAAACAUCGAUGGUGAAAAGUUUAACUGUAGUGGAGGAUCAGCAGUAUACGAGUAUGAGUAGUUUUAAGCCGCUCGCUACUGCACGUAAACAAUACUUUGAAGAGAGUAAUUACAAUUCAACAGAAGCAUGAGGGAAAGCUAAUAAAAUGAAAGAGUGAUACGAGCUAAUAAGAGAACAAAAGAGAGCUUUGAAAAAGGAUGAAAAGUCUAAUCCAAAUGGAGGCUAGAAGUAAAGUUGCAAAAGUAUUAAAUGUAGCUCAACCAAAGUUAGUCUUCUUUUAAGUAUGAUGUGCCAGAAAUAUACACCUAAAGACAUUCAAACAUAACAAAUAAAAUAAAGAUUAAAUAUAGAAUAAAA